AUGAAGUGUCGCUUACUCGCAAUCAGAUUUAGAAGCUCGAAAGAGUCCACCAAACCUCUUGGAUUGAAAGAUGGUGUGAACAUUGCGUCAGGUCUGUCGCCUUUUAUGCAGAUGUUGACGGCCUACAUGGUCCUAAGUAUCUCAGCUAUGGGCGUAAUUGCUCGAUACAAGAGCCGCGAUGCUACGCAGGACGAGAAUGUGCGUAUUUUCAACAUGGCUAAACGGGCUGUGGUCAAGGAUCGACGUGUGUUUGAGAUCGUGGGAUACCCGAAGAAGUUCGAGCAGCUUGAACAACUCGACGAACAAGGUGCACCCAUUGAGCUCAAGUCCAGUGAAGGCAGCUUCAAAAUCACGGGUGACAAGGGGAGUUUAAUAGUGCAUUACCGACAAAGGGUGCAUGAGCAAGACGAUGAUAGCAGUGACAUUGUUACGUUUGAUGAAUUGGGGGUCGAGCGUGAGGACGGUACGCGGUUCUCAGCCCUGGAGUCUUUCUUGCAGAAUCAGGGCGUCGUCACGCACCAGAAAUCGGAGUCGCUGGGCAAGAAGAUGUUUGUCCCGGUGGUUGGUGGCCUCUUGAUUGGUGGCGUAGCUUCAUUCUUUGCUAUUCGCAUCCUGCGCAAUCGACCAUUUUACGUGCACAAGUUGGUGCUGGACCACGUGAACAACCACGAGACAGCGCGUACGCUGAUCGGACACCCUAUUAAGAGCGAUCGCAGCAACUUUGUAGGGGUGCUGACGACUGAAGUUGCGAAUUACACUAUCCCGUGCUCUGGACCCAAGGGGAGUGGUACGCUCUUUGUCAAGGCUUUCAAAAAGGUCGACACGGACGAGAAACUUGAAAAUGGGAAAGAUAGAGUCAUGGCCACUCCAGGCACGUCGUGGAAGUUCUCUACGCUUGUGUUAUCUGUUGGUCGUAACGAAAAGCGCAAGGUGAAGAACGCCAAGACCGUUAAUCUCCUGAACAAUGGUAACUUGCCGCUCGAAUGA